UGAUUUUCUAGGUUUUGUUCAAUGGUUUAAUCGUUAAUGGUUUAAUCGACUUUUUAGAGUUUUCAAAUGGAAUAAAGCUUACAAUAACUGAACAAUUUAAUGAAUUUUAGAAUAACUAAAGUAAAGGUUUUGUUUCAGCAAUUGAGAAGACGUAAAGGUUAUAAAACUGUCAUUAUGGAUACUAGUAGGCAUUAUAUCAAUGAAUUUGAGGAUUAUUCCAGUUCUACGAGUCAUAACAUAGUCGACAAUGAUACUAAUACAAUUCAUAAGGCAUUUGAUUCUUUAUUGACAUCAGAAAUUACGAAAUUAAUAAAAAUACUGAAUGAAAAUGAAAGAAAAUGGCGUAACAGCAAUGAUUAUUCUGUAUAUACUGGAUUAGCAGGAAUUGCAUAUACAUUACAUCAUUAUGGAAAAUAUUAUAAUGAUUCGGUCUAUACAAAGACUGCAACAGAAUUAUUGGAAAAAUGUAAAAAAUAUGCAAAAAUCAAAAGCAGACCUGAAAUAACAUUCCUGAUUGGUGUUGGAGGUCCAUUUGCAUUAACAGCAGUGAUAUUGUAUUCACAAGGAAAGACAGAGGAAGCAAAAGAAUUAAUUCUUAAGUUGAAAUCUUUAUCAACUUAUGUUUUGGACAAACAUAGUAAUGUUCCUGAUGAAUUAUUAUAUGGAAGAGCUGGAUAUCUUUCUGCUUUGCUCUACAUAAAUGCUAAUAUAUCUCCAGCUCCUAUAGAAGCAGAUCUUAUCAAAAAGAUUGUUUCUUGUAUAAUUGAUUCUGGAAUAGCAUAUGCAUCAUCAAAUCGUUGUCAAUCACCUCUAAUGUACUCUUGGUAUGAUACAGAAUAUAUUGGUGCUGCUCAUGGAUUAGCAGGCAUAUUAUAUUUACUAUUGCAGGCACGACAAUAUUUAACACAAGUACAAAUUGAUAAUUAUAUAAAGCCAUCCUUACACUAUCUUCAAAAAUUACAAUUUUCUUCUGGAAAUUUUCCUUCUUCAUUGGAUAGCUCUUCGGACAAAUUAGUGCAUUGGUGUCAUGGAGCACCUGGAAUGCCUGCAUUGUUUUGUUUGGCUCAUAAGGUUUUUGAAGAUAAUACAUUUUUGGAAGUUGCGAUACGAUGUGGGGAAGUAAUAUGGCAAAGAGGAUUAUUGAGAAAAGGAUAUAGCAUUUGUCAUGGCGUUGCUGGAAAUGGAUAUGCUUUUAUACAUUUAUUUCAACACACGAAGGAUAUCAAACAUUUGUAUCGGGCUUGCAAAUUUGCCGAAUGGUGUUUCCAUUAUGGGUCACGUCAAAACCAACCACCUGAUAGACCUUUUUCUUUGUUUGAAGGUCUUGCGGGUGUUAUUUAUUUUCUGAUAGACUUACAACAACCUCAUUUAGCUAAAUUUCCGACAUAUGAUAUUUAAAUAAACAUAUUUAACACAUAAUUUUGUUUGUAAAUGUAGUGCUAAACAGGUUAUAUUCUAAUAACAUUCUAAUCGGAAAGAAUUUAAUAUAUCACUAAUUUUGCGUGUUUCUAACUUUAGUUUUUGUAGCGAUAAUGUUUAUGUAAAAAGUUGCACAUUUUAAUAGUUCGAAAAAUUAUACUAUGAAAAAGAUUAAUUUUUUUUUUUUUUUUAUUAUCAAAGCUGGGAGGUAAUUUAAGAGAGUUGUGGUACAGUUAAUUCUGACAAUGGUACUCCUUUUGAUUCAGCCAGAGCGACAGCUUCCCCAACCAGAUGAUGACUUUGUCUAAAUGAGUGGCCAAAGCUUUCUCAGCGAUAUGGUACAUCUGAUACAAGAUGUCAUAUGUAUGAAAUAUUGUCUCUUUGUCUUCCUGAAGAUCUUUAUUGUACGUUGAUGGAAUUCCUUUCAGCGUUGUCAUAAAGCCAACGCACUAAAAACUACUACCAGUGGAAUAUUUAUCGGCGAAUUGGAUGAAAUUAAACUCUUGAGUAUUAUAGAUGAUCAGAUCCUCGCAAAAACGGCUCAGAUGCACCGACGAUAACGAGGACCAAAAUAAAAAUUCAGCUUAAAAGCGGAUUUAAUUCAUUAUUGCUAUUAGUUAUUUUGUCGAAACCAAGUUCGAUGGCCAGAAAACUACGAUCGAUUGGAAAAGGAUUCCCCGCUAUCGCACCGCUGCCAAGCGGUAAAAUGUUCACUCGUUUACGCACCUCCAGUAGUCUUUCUAAAUCUUCUUUAGCAUACCAGGCGUAACUACGAGAUUUGAGAAAUUAAUAAAAUUGAAGCCCAGAUGAUUGUGAAUGUGGACGAGUGGAUUAAUGUGCGAAAAAUCGCGAAAAG